GUGUCUGAGCUGCGCUGCCGCUGCCCAGGCGAAGCGGGAGUCCCCAGGCGAACGCUGUGCUGUAGCUGCUAGAGCGUCUGGGCUUCAGCGGGGUGAGCAAGGCGGGCUAGGUCCUGCAAGCAACCCCCCAGCUCGCAGCAGCAGGAGUGGGAGCUCCCUUAACCCUUUCACGCCUCCCCUUGGCUGGAGAGAAGCGGCGAAUGAAGUGAGGAUGGUUAUCCGGGUGUUCAUCGCAUCCUCCUCUGGCUCGGUGGCGAUAAAGAAGAGGCAGCAAGAUGUGGUACGAUUUCUGGAAGCCAACAGGAUAGAUUUUGAAGAGGUGGAUAUCACAAUGUCGGAGGAACAAAGACAAUGGAUGUAUAAAAAUAUUCCUGAGGAAAGACAGCCUGCACAGGGCAAUCCACUGCCACCCCAGAUAUUUAAUGAUGAUCAGUACUGUGGAGAUUAUGAUUGCUUUUUUGAAGCAAAGGAAAGCAACACGGUCUUCUCCUUUCUAGGGCUGAAACCUACGUUGGCAUCAAAGGAGUCAGAACCCUAGAAAAAUUCUUUGAAGAUUCAACAAGCACAUCUGGAUGAAAAACCUUGUUCAGCACAUGACUGCUUUCCUAAUGGAUCACUGUGAUAAAAAGCCAAUGCGAAUCAUCAAUAUUUUGCUUGCCAUGGAAGAGGUGCUUUCCAAAGGUGUGAAAUUAAUGUGUACACAAAAUGGGAUAAAGGGUGAGAUGAUACUCCUUUUUUUAAAAAAAUGCCCACUCUUGAUGUUUCACAUUUGUCUAUCGAUUACAUUUUCACUGGCUUUGGUAUUCUAGCAAAUAAUCUAUUUAACUCCAGGAUGUUGAGGAAUGGAAGUGUAAAAUCUGUAUGGUCAUGGAAGGGGAUCUGGCAAGAAUGUGAAUCCUUUAUAAGUCUUCAGCUACUGCAGUCUGGAUAAAAUUAGUUUAUCAUGACAGUUAUAGUUUUGAUGGUUAAUAGAAAGUGGUGCUAGUUACGAUACAGAAGAUGAAAAACAGCAUGAAGAACUUGGUUUAUGCCAAAAACUGCAGAUUUCUGCUCAGUAUAUUUACUGUGCUGUCUAUGCUAGAACAUGUUUAUUGCAAUAUAUGUGGGCUACUAAGCUCUCUCAUAAAAAAAUCACAUUACGAUUGGCUGUUAAAAAACAGUGGUUAAUGGGGAGGGGAGAGAACUCAAACUGAUGCUGUCUUGACAUCCAUGGGUCCCCCCUCCCCCCACAUACACUGCAAUAAAAUUGGUCUGUUGAUGUGUUUGAAAACAAUUGUUUUGUUGGCAAGUACACUUUAACAUGUGAGGUGCGUGUCAAACUCGCGCGUAUAGCAGUUGAAAAGACAUCAUACAAAGCCAUUACAUAAUAUCUGUUAUUUGGGUAUGACUUUCCACCUCAAAUUUUAGAGCUCAUCAUUUGGCUGUUUUAAAAGAUUUCCAAAGUUAUGGGGCUAAUUCUGCUUCCCUUAAUCACUUUCAAUAGAAUUCAACUCCACCAUUAGCCCCAUUGAUGUUGGUAGAACUACUUCUAGAGGUAGGGCUCGAUCUUGCAAAUAACUUAAACACAGCAGUUGUCCUCAUGAUUUGAAGGUGAAAUCUGUUAGACAAUGGGAUUGCUCACAUGCUUAAAGUAAAGCUUGUGUAUAAAUGCUUUGCUGGAUAAGGCCACAGUAUCUGACCCCUUGCAGGAUCAAAGAAGCAUCAGUUACUAUUCAAUGUGAAUAAGGGAAGCAGAAACUGCCCCUGGGGAUUACCCUGAUGUAGCAGAGCCCAGUUUGGCCAUGUAUGACUUAACCAUUUUUAAAAAAUUGAAAUUUGAGAGUAGACUGCUUAGCAAAUGGAUUGUCUGUAAUCUAGUCUAAUUGCGUUUAGCAAUGGGAAACCCUUUGCCCUGUUAAAAUAACAGCUAUUGAACUUCAUAAAUGUAGCUUCUGCUCAACUGUGGGAGCUUUCUUCCAAAACAAUUUGAUGGUCAUUUGACUGUGCUAUUCCAGUAAGUAUUCUGGCUUUGCUGGGCAAAUGGCAUAUGGCCGCUAAGUGUGGAGGGCAGCUUUCCUGCA